AUGCAGUGCUAUACUGAGCUGUUGCCCCCGACGGGGGUCACACAUGCCUUGACGGUACCCUUCCUUUCUGCUACUGCAACUAACCUGGUGGUUGUGAGGACAUCGCUUCUUCAAAUUUUCUCUCUGCUCAAAAUUGCUCGACCGGAAGGUGGAAUUAACGGUGACGGGUCAACAAGACCAGAGCAAUCCGAGACCACGAAACUGAUCCUUGAGAAGGAAUGUCCUAUUUCCGGAACAGUGACUGAUCUUAGCCGAGUCAAGAUUCUGAACUCCAAAAGUGGCGGAGAGGCCAUUUUAAUUGCGUUUCGAAAUGCAAAAUUAAGCUUGAUUGAAUGGGAUCAGGAGCGCCAUAACAUCUCUACCAUUUCCAUCCACUAUUAUGAACGGGAUGAUUUGACCCGUAGUCCCUGGGUGCCUGAUUUGGGCAGUUGUGGCAGCAGUCUCAGUGUGGAUCCGAGCAGUAGUUGUGCAGUGUUCAAUUUUGGAAUUCGGAACCUUGCCAUUCUACCUUUCCAUCAACCCGGAGAUGACUUGGUAAUGGACGAUUAUGACUCAGGCGACGAGGGGAGAAACCAUGCUGCUGAUGCCGAAAAGACCAAGAAUGGCAUGACCUACCAGACCCCAUAUGCUUCGUCUUUUGUCUUGCCCGUGGCCGCGUUGGACCCUUCCUUACUCCAUCCAAUAAGUUUCGCCUUUUUAUAUGAAUAUAGGGAGCCGACUUUUGGUAUUUUGUAUUCUCAGGUUUCAACCUCAACCGCGCUUCACCAUGAAAGGAAGGAUGCUGUUUUCUAUACUGUUUUCACGCUAGAUUUGGAACAGCGAGCGUCCACAACGUUGCUCUCGGUCUCCAGACUACCUAGUGAUCUCUUCAAAGUGGUAGCUCUCCCACCACCUGUCGGGGGUGCUUUGCUCAUUGGCUCCAACGAGCUAGUGCAUGUUGACCAGGCAGGCAAAACAAACGCAGUUGGGGUCAAUGAGUUCUCUAGGCAGGUUUCGGCCUUUUCAAUGGCCGAUCAAUCAGAUCUGGCUCUUCGCCUCGAAGGGUGCACAGUUGAACGUCUUGCUGAUAAUAACGGUGAUUUAUUAAUGGUGCUUUCCAACGGUGAUUUUGUUUUGGUCAAUUUUAGGCUUGAUGGAAGGUCGGUCUCUGGCAUUUCGGUGCAACCUCUACCUGCCACCGCAGGCGGGAAUAUUAUGAAGUCACCUCCGUCAUGUUCCGUUUUCCUUGGAGAUGGGAGACUAUUCGUCGGUAGCGAGGAUGCGGAUUCGUUGCUUGUGAGCUGUUCCAAUCCAGUCUCUGGCGCCAAGAAACCGCGGUCACAGCUCAAGCAUGAUGUGGACGAUUUUGACGGUCUCUCGGAUGAGGAUCAAAGCGAAGAUGACGCCUACGAAGAUGAUCUAUAUUCAUCAGCGCCUGAUAUGCCUGCCGACGGGCGUCGUGCAUCUACCGAGACAUCGCCAUUUGGGCCAUACAGUCUCCGAGUAGACGACAGAUUGCCCAACAUCGGUCCACUGAGAGAUGUGACUUUAGGUAAAUCCUUCUCGAACGUGACGAGCAAGGAUCCCAAUGCCGAGGGUGUCUCUUCAGAGCUUGAACUCGUGGCCACUCAAGGCUCUGACAGAAAUGGCAGUCUGGUGGUUAUGAAACGCGCGAUUGAUCCUCAUGUCAUUACAUCCAUGGAGGUUGACUCGGCCGACAAUGUCUGGGCAGCAUCUGUGGCCCACAGAAGAACGGCACUGACCAGCGCUACCGACAAAACGGAUAAGAAAGAGAUCCGCCAUUAUGUGAUCAUUCCGAAAAUCAAGGAUUCCGACAAAGAAGAGUCGGAAGUAUUUGUUGUGGAUGGAAGUGACUUGAAAUCUUUCGAAGCUCCCGAAUUCAACCCGAAUGGGGAUUUCACAAUCGAUGUUGGCGUGUUGGCAGAAAAGACUCGGGUAGUCCAGGUUCUAAGAAACGAAGUGAGAAGCUAUGAUCUUGACUUGGGUUUAGCCCAGAUUUACCCCGUAUGGGAUGAAGACACCAGCGAGGAACGAAUGGCAGUGAGCACCAGCCUUGCAGACCCGUACCUUGCGAUUCUUCGGGAUGAUUCGACGUUACUGCUUCUCCAAGCAGAUGACAGUGGAGACCUUGACGAAUUACCGAUUAAUGAAACCGUUACUUCGAUAAAAUGGUUUUCAUGCUGUCUGUACCGAGAUACUAACAAGGUCUUUUCCUUUUCCGAAUCAACUCCUGAUGGCUCUAACGAGAGCGACAUUCUUCUCUUUCUGCUUAGCUCAGAUGGAAAUUUAUUUAUUUUCCGACUUCCUGACCAAAAGCUGCUGUCAACAAUCGACGGGGUUGAUUGCUUGCAGUCGAUUCUCUCAAUUGACCCACCAAAACGAUCGGCUACGCGUGAGAAGCUAGUCGAGGCCGUUGUCGCGGACCUCGGAGAUUCAUAUAGUAGCCAGCCGUAUUUGAUCGUGCGAACCGAGAACGACGACCUUUUCAUAUACAGGCCAUACUUAGCCCCAGGCACAACGGACGGAGAGCCGUUUAGUUUGCGUUUCUUUAGGGAGGCGAACCAUUUUCUACCAGAGGUCCCUUCCAGUUUGGAUGCGGACAAUUCGAAUGUGGGCUUUCAAGGGACUAAACCAUUGCGUAUAUUGCCCAAUGUGUCGGGGUUACGUGCCGUCUUCAUGCCAGGUGCAUCAGCAGGUUUUGUUGUCAAGACACCUACAUGUGUGCCUCAUGUCAUACGCCUAAGGGGGGACUAUGUACGCGGUCUAAGUAGCUUUGACUCGUUUGCUCUUGGAUGCAUUGACGGCUUUGUUUAUGUGGAUUCAAAUGAUGUCAUUCGAGCAUGUCAAUUGCCUAAAGAUACUCAAUUCGACUAUUCGUGGACAUUGCGAAAGGUUCACAUAGGGGAGAAUGUCGACCAUGUGGCUUAUUCUUCUUCGUCCGAAACAUAUGUACUUGGGACUAGCCACAAGGCCGAAUUCAAGUUACCUGAAGAUGACGAGCUCCAUACUGAAUGGCGUAAUGAAGUUAUCUCGUUUCUGCCCGAGGUGGACCAAAGCUCGCUCAAAGUCGUCAGUCCAAAAACAUGGUCUGUCAUUGAUAGCUAUCCUUUGGGCCCUGCCGAGCAUGUGAUGGCGGUCAAGAACAUAAAUCUCGAGGUUUCGGAGAACACGCACGAGCGCAAGGACAUGAUCGUUGUCGGAACAGCCAUUGCCCGAGGCGAAGACAUACCCGCGCGCGGUUGCAUAUACGUGUUCGAGGUUAUCAAAGUGGUUCCGGACCCGGAGAAGGAGGAAACAGACCGCAAACUGAAACUCAUAGGCAAGGAACCAGUUCGAGGCGCUGUGACGGCGUUGUCUGGGAUUGGCGGACAGGGCUUUCUCAUUGCCGCACAGGGGCAGAAGUGCAUGGUUAGGGGUCUUAAGGAAGACGGCAGCCUUCUCCCCGUUGCAUUCAUGGAUAUGCAAUGCUAUGUCAACGUGGUCAAGGAACUCAAAGGCACUGGAAUGUGUAUACUGAGUGACGCCGUGAAGGGGACCUGGUUUGCGGGCUACUCGGAGGAACCAUAUAAGAUGAGUCUGUUCGGCAAAGACCCAGAAUAUCUCGAGGUCGUCGCUGCAGAUUUCCUCCCAGAAGGCGACAAACUAUUCAUUCUAGUCGCCGAUAGCGACUGCAACCUUCACGUCCUGCAAUAUGACCCAGAGGACCCCAAAUCAUCCAACGGCGACCGCCUCCUAAGCCGCAGCAAAUUCCACCUCGGCCACUACGCAACCACUCUAACCCUCCUCCCCCGAACCGCCGUCUCCUCCGAACAAGCCCUCCUCCAACCCGACGAGAUGGACAUCGACGAAGUUCACACCGCGAACCACCAGGUCCUCGUCACGACGCAGAACGGCUCCGUGGGUCUCAUCACGCCCGUUGCGGAGGAAUCGUACCGUCGUCUCUCGGCACUGCAGUCCCAGCUCACUAAUACCAUCGAACAUCCUUGUGGAUUGAAUCCUCGUGCGUUCCGGGCGAUUGAGAGUGACGGGGCUGCGGGGCGGGGAAUGGUUGAUGGUAGUCUGCUGUGUCAGUGGUUGGAUCUGGGCAAACAGCGUAAGACUGAGAUUGCCACUAGAGUGGGUGCGAAUGAGUGGGAGAUCAGGGCAGAUCUAGAGGCUAUAAGUGGUAGCGGGCUUGGAUAUUUGUGA